UAUAAUGGAAAAGCAAAUGGAGAAAGCAUCUUACGUCACCCACCUUUGACUCUCCCCAUCAAUCUCUCUCUCUAUAUCCCCUUCCAUUUCCACAUAACUCACCUCAACUCUCCUCUUAGUCCUCUCAACUCAAUAUCACUUUUUGUUUUAUUCCAUUCUCUUUUUCCACUUUCAUCCACCACCAUGGUUAGAGAAAGAGUUGUUGAUCUAUGCAUCACUGUUCCCACCUUCUUCAAAUGCCCAAUCUCACUCGACGUUAUGAAAUCCCCUGUUAGUCUCUGCACCGGUGUCACCUACGACCGUUCCAGCAUCCAACGCUGGUUAGAUGACGGUAACAACACGUGUCCCGCCACCAUGCAAAUACUUCCCACCAAAGAUUUUGUACCUAACCGUACUCUACAUAGUCUCAUCCAGAUCUGGACCGACUCUGUUCAUCACCGGGUCGAACCGGUCGUUUCACCUUCAGUUCUUUCCAAUCAACAACUCCUUCAAACCAUCACCGACUUAGCCUCUUCCGGUUUAAACCGAACUUUAAACAGGUUCGGUUUAAUCAUGAAAGUCAUUCAUUUCGCUCAAGAUUCCGAUCAGAACAGAACGUUUCUCGCGAAAUUAGACGGUUUUAUUCCGUUAAUGGUUAGUUUUCUUGAUAAUGUUGAGAAUGUUGACAAAAGCAUUGAAUUUCUUGAACAGACUUUAACGGUGUUAGGUUUGAUUCUGGAAAAAAUUAAAGUUCGUGAAGGAUUGAAGAACCUUGUGUUAAAAGGAAAGAACAAAAAAUGCUUGGAUUCAAUGGUUCUCGUUUUACAAAAAGGAAGCAACAAUUCAAGAAUCGCAACCGCCAGGGUUUUGAAAUUCAUCGCUAUAGACGCUGAAUCAGAGCUCCUAAUAGCUGAGAACGAAGCUUUGUUAACGGAAUUGCUGAAAUUAUCUUCGCCGGAGAAUGAUUCGAAGCUGAUUGAAAAUUGCUUAUCGUGCUUAAUAGCAAUCUCAAAACCGAAACGGAACAAACAGAAACUGGUGAAAAUUGGAGUAAUGAAGAUUUUGUCAAAGUUACUUAAAGAGUCUAAUACGAGCGUGACGGUGGUGGAGAAGGCGUUGAAGCUGGUUGAAACAGCGUCAUCAACGAGUGAAGGGAGAAGAGAGAUGUGUGAAGACGCGGCGUUUGUGGCGGCGAUACUGAAUAAGAUUCGGAAUGUAUCGAACGUUGCGACGGAGCACGCAGUAACGACGCUGUGGAGUGUUUGUUAUCUGUUUCGCGAUCAAAAAGCACAAGAAGCGGUUACGAUGGCAAAUGGAUUAACGAAGAUAUUGUUGCUAAUACAGAGUAAUUGUUCUCCACAAGUUCGCCAAAUGUGUACGGAUUUGCUUAAGAUUUUUCGGGUUAAUUCUAAAUCGUGUCUUUCUUCUUAUGAUACCAAAACUUCACAUAUUAUGCCUUUUUAAUCUAUUAUGGAGAUUGGAGAUACUAUAUAGUUUACUAUUUUUAUUUUUCAAAUAUGGUGUAAAUGGAAAGAAAUUUUGUUAGUCAAUAGACCCAAAAAAUAUAAAGAGCCAAAUUACGAGAUUGUUGAGCAAAUGCAUUGGUAAAUUUUAUUUAGCUAGUAGUUAUAUGCUUAAAUCAAGUGUUUUGGAAUUUUGUGGUUUAAGGGGCUUGUUAAAUUUAUUUUCAAAUGAUCAAGUGUGUCAAAACAUGGGGAACAUCAUUAUUGGAUUGUACUACACCACUUGUUGAAUUGAUAAACAAGAAAGGAAACAUUCCUUUGGA